GAGGACGCAGAAGAAGAAAAUGUAGCGCCUGGACGAGGAAGUGUUGUUUUUGAUAAACAAAGGCUCGAGAUCAGAAGACAAACAGCAUCAAUACAUCAUCAAACCUGACGAAGACAAAGUAAAUGCUUUGACCGGACGAAGAGGAAGUGGGUUUGUUCGCCUGCAGCUGAACAUGUCCACUGACAGCAGCGCGGCGCAGUGUUCGGCUGACCGCGGUUGUAAAGAUGGAGACCAGCCGCUGGCUUUGUGUGAAGGGGGAUUUAAACCGGUGCCGCGGGUCACCACGGCCCCCUCCUCCUCCUCCUCCCCCCCCUCGUCCACCAGGUUCCUGCAGGUGGAGCUGGAACUGAACACCCACCUCCGGCAGCUGAGCUUCAGCGAGCCGGUCCGGUACAUCUACAACCCGCUGGAGUACGCCUGGGACACGCACCGCUGCUACGUGGAGAAGUUCUGUCAGCCCGGGCAGAGGGUGCUGUUCCUGGGAAUGAACCCGGGACCCUUCGGCAUGGCGCAGACUGGGGUCCCCUUCGGUGAAGUGAAGACAGUGGUUGAAUGGCUGAAGAUUGAAGGCGAGGUUGGUCGCCCUCAUGACGAGCAUCCGAAGCGACGGAUCACGGGUCUGGCCUGUACCCAGAGGGAAGUGAGCGGUGCACGUUUCUGGGGCUUAUUCAGAAAGCUGUGCGGUGAACCUGGGCUCUUCUUUCGUCACUGCUUUGUGCACAACCUUUGCCCGCUGAUUUUCAUAAGCGCCAGCGGGAAGAAUCUGACUCCCCCUGAGCUUCCUGCCGCUGAGCGGGAGGCCCUCCUCGCCCUGUGUGACAUAGCACUGUGCCAGGUGGUGGAGGCGCUGGGUGUCUCCAUGGUGAUCGGGGUUGGAAGGGUAGCAGAGCAGCGGGCGCGGCGAGCGCUCUCUGCUGCAGGUGUCAAUGUGCGGGUCGAGGGCAUCAUGCAUCCGUCCCCUAGGAACCCACUCGCUAAUAAAGGCUGGGAGGAUGUAGCCAGAACCAAACUGGCAGAACUGGGUUUGUUAUCGCUGCUGAACAACACAUAAACUAUUCAGACCCAAGAUCAGGCUCAGUUUGUUUGUCUGUGAGUGAUCAAACAUAUCAGCCUCGCUGACGAUGGCAGCUAACAGCUCCACUAAGAGUUCAUAGGACACUAAUAACUAAUGCUGUAAACACAUCAGCAAACAUCUGUUCAUCUUUGGGUGGUUUUAUUUAUAGAAGCAAGGUUUGAUCAUGGCACCCGGUUCUUUUCUUUCUACUUUCUACACUGAUGUAACUAUACGGUGCUUUAUAUCAUUUUUACAUAUAAGGAAAAACUCAGGGGUCUCUGUUUUAUAAGUUUCUGUCAAAAAGCCUUUGAUUACAUUUGUUAAAACUGUAUUUUAAAGAAUUGUCCCCAUACUUAAAAUGAGUAUGUGCGUGUGUUCAAUAUACAUGUCCAGAUAUGUAUUAGCCUGACUGGAUUCGUUUAGAAAAAGCCUCAGUAACACAACCUCUUAACUACAAAAAUACUUAUAAACAUUGUUUAUGUUAAAAUACUGCAGAUAACUUUUUUGUUGUCAUUUAUUUUUAUAAAAUAUUGUAUUCUUUCUUAUACUUUAUAAAUUCUUUGUUUAUGUA